AACGCCCUGAACCACAGGAAUGUGAGGUCAUGGAAGCAGCUUCUCUCCUUACCUUUACAAGCCAUACAGGUCUUUCUUCUCUUUCAUGGCUUCCACAACUGCCACUCAAGCUCCGUUUUCUCUCUUUCUUAGGACCCAAAACGGCAGUGGCCACCGUAGGAAAAAACAUCUGUUGAUAAGAAAAGCCCCAUCAGGAAGAAUAGGCAACAGAGGGAGUGCUUUUGGUGUUUAUGCAGAACAAGGAAGCCCAGAGAAGCCCCAAAGAGCACCACCAGGGGUUGAUACAAGAAUUCAUUGGGACAACGAAGAUGAAGGGUGGGUUGGAGGAAGUAGUACUAGUUCAGAGCAGACAAAGCAAGCAGAAGAUGAGCAGAAAGAUAUGUUGGGAAAGAGGUUUGCUGAUUUGCUCAAUGAUUCUUCUGAUUCUCAUUACCAGUUCUUAGGCGUAUCAGCAGAUGCUGAUAUGGAGGAGAUUAAAACCGCAUACAGGAGGCUAUCAAAGGAGUACCAUCCAGACACAACUUCACUUCCACUGAAAUCAGCUUCAGAAAAGUUCAUGAGACUAAGAGAAGUUUAUGAUAUCUUGAGCAAUGACGAGAAACGCAAAUUUUAUGAUUGGACACUAGCUCAAGAGGCUGCAAGCCGGCAAGCAGAGCAAAUGAGAAUGAGAUUGGAAGAUCCUUAUGAACAAGAAAUAAACAGAUAUGAAUCUGUACCGGACAUGGUUGAUCGUCUUGGUGGAAGAAACAUGGGUCUAAGUGAUCAAGCAAUGUCAGCUCUAACGUUUGAUAUUUUUAUCAUACUCUUCUCAAUUGGUUGCCUCAUUUUUGUUGUCUUCUUCAAAGAACCAUAUUAGUAAUUUAAGUUACACAGCAUAUUUGUAAAGUAUUUAUUGCCAUGAUGGUAUAAUUUUGUACGGCACAUGGCUGAAAUCCAGAAUUAUUAUUGGAUUGGCAAAAUAUGAUUCUGGUUGUGCAA